ACCGCAACGAAAUGGCAGGCAGCAUGUCGUUUUCAGGAAACUCAUGCCCACUACCAUUCCUGAAUAGAAACAACUAUACUUCUGGAGGUGGANNUGUAUGUGGAGAUUCGAAGACGACUACGGAAAUACACGCUGACGGAUGUUUAGAUAUUGGAGGUCGUUUCUGUAGCGAUGAGUGCUGCCUACCCUGUCCACUGACGGAACUGGUAUAUUCCGACUGUGAGUACAUCUCCCAAGAAACUGUUCGAGACCAAGCUGAUAUUGUUUGCCUGAANGCGUUCCCUACCCACGAGCUAGCAGCUGGCUGGCUUAGUGUUGUCAGUCUGAUUAGCAGUGUAUUCCUGCUUCUGACCUACGCAGUUUUGGCUCCUGAGAAGAGCCAUCGUCACUAUCUCAGUAUAGGUCUUAUCGUCUCCAAUGUCAUCCUACAAUUGUCCAUCAUAGUUCCACUAGGAUCAAGCCCUUCUAUGUGCUACGAUGCCAUCACGCCCAACGACAUGUACUCGGACUUGUCUUGUGCCUUCUCUGGAGCCCUGCUUCUAUGGGGAGGCAUGGCGUCCGUUUCUUGGGUCUUGUCGCGCGCCCUAUGGACACAUCUAAGAGUAUGCUGGAACCGAUCGGAUACCCAAGUGUUCUUGGUGUCCUCUCAAGUCUUCUGCUGGGGUAUCCCCACAGUUCUUACAGCAGUCUGCAUGAAAUACACCGGUGUUUCGUACCGUCUAGCGAACGUCUGUCUACCCAACGACAAGCAUACCUUCACAACUUACUUCGGAUGGAUGAUCGCAUUCGCCAGUCUGGCAUUCGUCUUGCAGAUAGCGACCAGCAUCUACUGCCUAUACGUCUAUCUAAUGAAUCUAUGGAAGACUAGCUCAUCAUCACCUUCACGCAAUACUGGCACCUCGAGCGAGCUUCCUACCAGUGCAACCACAACCAAGAGUACAUGGGACAAGCCUUGGAAGGCAACUCGCCAGCAAGCAUGGGCUAGAGUGCGCAGAGUCUUCAUUCUGCAGUGGCGUAACAUUCUGUUGUGUAUGGGAGCCACCGCAGUUGUAGCCAUGCUCUCGGGUGUCUUUGUAUCGCUCAAUACAUCCCUGGCAAGAGACAAGGCUCGUGGUUUCCGCGCAAAGGAGAUUGCAGGCUGGGCUGCUUGUCUUGUCAUCACGCUGGACAAAAAUCAGUGCUUGCCAUUGGCAAAGCAGCUUGGUAUUACAGAGGCUGCCGUNUUGACCGGUCUCAACACAUUCGCUCUUCUUAUGCGUUGGAGCACACUAGUGGCCUGGUAUGAGCUCCUACAUGGCUUCAGAGGAAGGAGGGACAGUGAGGACUUCCUAAAUGUUGAGCCUAGGCGAAUCACUUUCGACCAACCGCUGGAGUCGGAGACAAACAAGAACGAUCUCUCACCUCUUGUGAGUCCGGUUGAUAGCCCGACUUCAUCGUUCUUUCCUGGCCGAGGACCGGAGGACCACAAUCGCGACUCGCUCGGUGGGCAAUCUAUGCAGCACAGAUUAAACUCUGAUGUGUCAGCUGUUCAUCCGGGAAGAGUCUCUGUGUUCAUCGAACAUCCUUUCGAGGAAAAACAAAAGGAGCCGGAGCUUGGCAAAGCGUUA